UGGUAAAUCUGAACACUGUGUGUGUUUCACCGUGGUAAAUCUGCUUUCUGCCGUCAGGAGCCGCGGCGGCCGCUGAGCAGUGAUGUGGCGGCGUUUGCUCUGAAGGCCAGAGUGGUGUAUCCCAUCAACCAGAGACACAGACCACUAGCUGAUGGAGCCUCGAACCCUUCCCUUCAUGAGCUGCACAAACACCAGACUCCGCCCAGUCUAGACUCCGCCUCCUCGCUGACUGAUGAUUGGCUGAGCCAGGAGAGGGAUGAUGAUGAUGAUGAUGAUGAUGAUGACAGCAGUCAGUUCAUGUCCUGCGGCCCGUCCUCUAAAACACACACCAGUCACAUGUUCAGGAGAGUCCAGUAUUACCCUCAAACCCCCUGCCACUCACGGGUCAGUUUGCUGAGUUUGACUCUAAAGGAACUACAAAUCCAUACAAAACAUCUCCAGCAGCAGAAAUACAAGAUGUUCCUGCGCACGCUGUGUGUGUUGCUGAGUGGGAUGGAGAACGCAGAGCUCAUACAGCAGCAGCAGGAGGAGGUGGAGUCUCUGCUGGGGGGCGUGUCUGUGGGUGAGGGGGUGGAGCCACACACAGUCAUGUGCUCAGUGGAGGAGGAGGAGCAGACGGGCCGAGAGCAGCUGCAGCGCUCAAUGCAGACGGCGGUAAGCUUUGCGCAGCAGCUGAAGCGUCUCCUCCAGGAUCUCCAGCGCAGCGGUGUGUGUGAGGAGGUGCAGCGCGGCGUGCUGAUGUGUGUGCGGACGGUGGAGGAUGCGCUCGCUGAGCUGCAGGAGAGUGUUCUACAGAUGCUGCUGGACCGCUUCCUGUGCUGGCAGGAAGUAUCAGACAGCCUGAAAGAGAGGACCGCCCUCCUCAAGCAGGAGGCGGAGCUAAUGCUAAAAGCCGCUGGCCAAUCAGUGGAGUCGCUGGGUGCUGAUGGACAGCAGAGUGUGUUUGUGAUGGAGGCUGCGGUUCGUGAGGUGCUGGAGCAGUGCGCUAACGAGGUUGUGUGUCAGACUGAAGAUCUGGCGCUGUCUCUCUGCCAGAAGGUGUGUGUGAAGAGGAGGAGGAUGAUGAAGGCUCAGAGCGCGGAGUGCAGCAGUGUGUGUGACACACACACCGACGCCCGACACAUGCUGAAGGUGUGUCUGGAGCUGCAGGCUGGUCACUGGCUCCAGAGGGCAGAGUUUGAGCAGCAGCAGGACUUGCUGAUCAUCCAGAGUCUGUGUGAACGCUGGACGAGCUUGUUCAGUGAGUGCAGCAGACGUGUGGCUGAGCUGUGUACAGAGUUUGUGCUGAGAAGCAUCAUUGUAGGCCCCGCCCUCUCUCCAGACCCCACCCCAUUCACAGACCCCGCCCAGUCUGCAAGCCUCGCCCCCUCUGCAGACCCCCUGCUGAAGACAAUAAAGUCCACUGUGGCCAAUCAGAUGCAGCGAGAGGAGAGACACGCGCACACACACAUGCGCACCCUCCGAGAGCAGCUGCAGCACCACAGACAGGUGUGGCAGGAGGGCGGGGCUCUGAGUCUCUGGCGCCUCCUUCAGUUUGGAGAUCAGCAGCGGCGGCUCUUCAGCACAGCGGCGGCGCAGCACAGCUUCGCUCUGCUUGAGGAUCAGCAGCAUCUGUUGAUUCUGGAGUUGCAGAGAAUUUUAUCAGCGCGAUGCUUUUACCUGCGAUCACUGAGAGAGAUGAAGCUCGCCGUACAGUCAGAUACACAGGACUCCAGUGUUACCGUGGAAACAGUCCCGUCUGAAGAGUCUGUGAUUGGUCAGAAUCCUCUUGACGAGCAGCUGUCAGAGCUGGAGGCGGCGGCAGAUGUGCUGCGGGAACACGCCCACUUCCUGCUAGGCCACGCCCUCUGCUGUAUGGUGAGAGGAGAGAGCGGUGGUGUGUGGAGAGACAGACGAGCGCAGGAGCGGCUGCUGGACGCAGUGUGUGCGAGUGUGUAUGUGAGCCGGGACUCUGUGGCGUCUCUCAUCCGCCAGUAUUACUCUGAGCUGCAGAAGAGGAGUGUGUGUGUGCGCAGUGCAGCUGAGGACACAGACGCACAGAAGCAGAGGACAGCCCGCGCCAGAGCUCUACAGACUCAACUCACACACUGGGCCAGAAAACCCAGAUCUCCUGAAUUACAGCACAGGGUUGUGGAGCUGAAGAGAGUGUGUGUGAGCGAGAUUCAAAAGGGUCAUCAUCACCAUCCAGAACACACACACCCCUACACACAGCUCAGAGAGCAAGAGCAGGUGUUUGUGCGUCGUCUGGCGUCUCUGGCUCGAGUGUCUCUCGAUGAUGAUGAUGAUGAUGAAGAGAUGAGCUAAUAGAGCUGCUGACUGUGGGACGGGUGCUGUGGACUGACUGAUCCCGGGUCAGGCAGGAGUUGUGAUGAGCGUCACACACAGGAAGAGGAAGCAGCGCAGCAGCAGCAGGCAGGAGUGUCCGCCGGGCUCGGUGCAGCGCUGAUGGAGCUGAUGGACUCCUGUUGUUGAUCGUCCUCAUCGUCUCUGUAGUGAUAUCUGAUGUAAACAGACUCAAAGCUCUGUCUGACCGCUGUAGCUCCAGUUCUCCUCUGACCCGGGGUCAGUCUGUCUGUUCUGCUUUACUGUAUGUUACCGGAGAGAACAGCAGUGAACUCCUACAGGUGUGCAGAUGUGAGGGCUCAUCGCUGACUCCGCUGCUGUGUGAAGCGUUCACUCACCUGCCGGCGGUUCUGCCCUCACUGGAGCGGCUUCCUGCGCUCCGUUCUUCAAUGAUCUAAGCUGACUCAGCAGAUCCUGGAUCUGUUCAUCCUGAUAAACAAACAAGUCUGUGAUUCAGAUUAGAGUGUCUGGAUGAACUGAUCUGAGAUCUGUGUGUGUAGUGAUGGACAGAUCUACCCCUCCUCCAAAUCAUGAUCAGCACUGCAGCGAUUGGCUGUCGGCACAGCAGCAUGAUGACAUCAUCUGAUUAAUAUUCAAUUAUUCAUAUCUGAGCACAUUUACAUCAUAUCAGUAGUAAUCUGUGUGUUAAAUAUGAUGCGCAGUAACUCUCCACAUGCGCUGUGGGCUGCAGGCUGCAGGUGUGUUGAGAGAGUUCAGCAGAUUCUCUUCAUUAUAGUAGCCCAGGCCGGUCCAGGUUUCCUAAUAACUGACUGUAUUAAUUAAUUCUGCAUCAACAAACACUGUGAUGUCAGUAAAGGUGUCUGUAACCUCUGCAGAUCAUCUGUCAGGACACAUGCAGGACUGCACACUUUACUGUUCCUUAUCUGUUAUCAUACACAGACUGAACUAAAGCUGGGUCGGCACCUGAGAACACUACACAUCCGUCUGAUAACUCCAUGUUAAUUAAUGAUCUCUUUGAUCCCCCUGGGCAGAGGACCCCGCCGGGCAGCUUUUGUUCUGUUGUUUCAGACUGCAGGACAGUUUUAUUAUCGUUUUUAAAGCUUCUGUUUAUAUAUAAAUGUGUAUAUGUGUGUUCCUGUUUCCCCCAGUGUUUAUAGGCUAUAGGCUGCUACUGUAAGAAGACAUCAGCUGUGCUUCAGUAAGCCGAUCUAACCCUGUUUACAUGAGCUGAGCUUCUGGGCUCUGUUCUUUAUAGCUCGCUUAAAUGAUCUAAGAUGAUUUGGCAGAUCCUGGAUCUGUUCAUCUGUUCAUCCUGAUAGCUGAUCUCUGGCUAAUUUGGUUCUUCUAACAAGUUCAUGAAUCAGAUUAAAAUGUCUGGAUGAACUGAUCUGAGAUCUGUGUGUGUUGUGAAGGACAGAUCUAUCGAUUCUCCAAAUCAUGAUCAGCAAUGCAACGAUUGGCAGACAGCACAGCAGCGUAAUGACAUCAUCUGAUUAAUAUUCAAUUAUAUAGAAACACCAACUGACCAAGCCGAGGCUCGAACCCUCAACCUUCUUGCUGUGAGGCCACAGCACUACCUACUGCGCCACUGCGUUUGCAUCUAAAAAGUUCAUAUUAAUAAAUUUUCUCUUGAACCAGCA